GAAUCCACUCUUCAUUUCUGUACCAAUUCGUCAAGUGGUUCAGUUCAGUCCUCUUCUCAACGGGGAAUCAUAUUUAUAUUUUUUUUAAAGUGAUUCUUAAGUUUAGGAAAUCUCAAGAAUGAGCAAGAUCGCAGCACUUUUCGCCCUCCUUGUCGCCGGAGCGGUUGCAGCAUCUCCCGAGAAAAAGGAGGAUCUCAAAGCUGAGGGAAGCGCAUACUACGGGGGAUUAGGCCAGUUGGGCGGAUUAGGUCAUUUAGGAGGACAUGGAGGAUAUUACGGAGGUGCGUACCUUGGGAGCGGAUUUGGAUAUGGUAAAGUUUCAAGUGGAUACGGUGGAUAUGGAGGAUAUGGCGGGUACGGAAAUGGUUAUCAUGGAUUAGCUUACGGAAAGAGUUAUGGAGGUUAUGGCGCCGGAAUUGGUCACGGCCAUGGCGCAUAUUACUCUGGAUUUGCUCCAUCUUAUGGAUUCGCUGGUGGUCACACUCUUGCCUUCGGUGGUUUUGGUCAUGGACACGGGGCUUACUAAAUAAAUGUGUCCCCAACAUUACGUCCGUAUUUAUCCCGAGGUUUUAUUUAUUGGUAAAAAAAUUAGUCACCACAAUGCCCAAUGCAAAAUAUUCGGACUGAUUCGCAGUAUUAUAUUAGACUCCUGGUUUGAUAAAAUUCCAAAUUGUUAAGAAAAAUCGAGACAAAAAUUGUAAAACUUACCUGUGAUAUUAUUAUUCUAUUCGUAACCCACAAACAAAUUCAAAUUCGAUCAAACCAAGAAAACAAAUUUAUGAUUACUUUUUAUUUUUGUUCCUACAAAUUAAAUAUGUGCAAAAUUAUCCAAAAAAUAAAGUGAUGAAAACCUUUCAUAUAACAGA